GAAGCCGCGCGCUGGUCUGACCCAGGGUCGGAGCGGGAGAUCCUGGCACUGCUAUGGAGCGUUCUCAGCCUGACGCUGCCGACGACAACGCCAUGGACUCGUUCCUGGAGAAGUUCCAGAACCAGCCUUACCGCGGCGGCUUCCACGAGGACCAGUGGGAGCAGGAAUUUGACAAGAUUCCCCUAUUUAUGAAGAAAGCACCAUCAGAAAUUGAUCCCAAGGAAAAUCCUGAUUUGGCUUGCCUCCAGUCAAUUAUUUUUGAUGAGGAUCGAUCUCCAGAAGAACAAGCCAAAACCUAUAAGGAUGAAGGCAAUGACUACUUUAAAGAAAAAGACUAUAAGAAAGCUGUGAUUUCUUACACUGAAGGAUUAAAGAAAAAAUGUGCAGAUCCUGAUUUGAAUGCUAUCCUUUUUACUAACCGGGCAGCAGCACAGUUCUAUCUGGGCAAUUUUCGUUCUGCUCUCAAUGAUGUGAUGGCUGCCAGAAAGCUAAAACCCUGCCACCUCAAAGCAAUAGUAAGAGGUGCCCUGUGUCAUCUGGAACUGAAACACUUUGCUGAGGCUGUGAGCUGGUGUGAUGAGGGGCUGCAGAUAGAUGCCAAGGAGAAGAAGCUUCUGGAAAUAAGGGCUAAAGCAGACAAGCUAAAGCGGACUGAACAGAGGGAUGUGAGGAAAGCAAAGUUGAAAGAAAAGAAGGAGCAGAGUCAGAAUGAGGCUUUACUCCAAGCCGUCAAGGCUAGGAACAUCAAGCUCGUCUCUGAAGCUGUUGGUGAGGAUGAAGAUUCAGCCUCAGAAGGCAUAGGUGAGAUUUUCCUGGAUGGACUUAGCUCUGAGAAUCCCUAUGGAGCCAGGCUGAGUCUAGAUGAGCAGGGCAGGCUGAGCUGGCCUGUGCUCUUCCUAUACCCGGAGUAUGCCCAGUCGGACUUCAUCUCUGCUUUCCAUGAGGACUCCAGGUUUAUUGAUCAUCUAAUGGUGAUGUUUGGUGAAACACCCUCUUGGGACUCAGAGCAAAAAUACUGCCCUGAUAAUCUGGAGGUCUAUUUUGAGGAUAAGGAUGGGGAAGAACUAUACCAGGUGCCUCCCAAGAGCACCCUACUGCAGGUGCUGCAGCACCCCAGGUACUCUGUAAAAGCCCUGACGCCAGCAUUUCUGGUCUGUGUAGGAUCCUCUUCUUUUUGCAAGAAUUAUUUCCAGGGGAGGCAGGUACACCAGGUAAAGUAACUGAACCAGGCUGUGACAGCCAGGUCCCCUGGAUCUUCUGCCUCACAGGCCUCUGCCUGGAAUUUAGCACACUUGAAUCAGCGGGACACAUCCUAGAAUCCAGCAGUUUUUUUCUGUCACCCCAGAGACAGUCCUUCCUAGCCUCAUGCUGGGGAAGCUGCUGACUUCCAUAAAUUGCAGCCUCUGGUCAAGUACUGUGCUCUGGCUGUUCAUCACUCUCCUAGUGGAUACAAAACUGUGCCUUGGUCAUGACGUCCUUGUAGUGCAUCUCUCAAGAGACUGUCUGCUGCAGCUACCACAAGCAACUGACCCAAGCAACUCACUGGCCUGUGGAGACCGACUCACGAUCUGACGUGGUUCUGAUCCUUCGUGGUGUCAUGCCCCUUAGGAAAGGACACCUCUCUGAGUCAGUAAAACCAGCUCUGCAUGGAGUUCCAAGGCCUUUAGGCUAGGAUCCUUGGUACCCUUCAGAAGUUUGCCAGUUUCCCUGGUCUUUGCAGUGUGAAGAACUCCAGCAGACUUGAAACAGUGGUCUCUCAGUUCCUCUCUGGUUUUCCCGUUUUGGGGCUUUAUGCCUUUUCGUUUGUUUGAGUGUUGUUUUUGAGAUGGAGUCUCGCUAUGUUGCCCAGGCUGCUCUCAAACUCCUGAGCUCAAGCGAUCCUCCUACCUCAGCCUGCCAAGUCCUGGGAACAGGCAUGUGCUAUUAUUGUGCCUGGCUAGGCUUUUAUACCUUUUAACAUAGAAAGUCUUUUUGUAUCUUGGGUCAUUUUCAUAGGUUGUAUUUUUGUCUUCAGCCGCUUGCUCCUGGUGUCCUGGAGGGCUUGUGUAUCCCUACUGGUAACUAGCUGUGUUACUUCCUGCAGGAGCCACCCUUCCCCUGAUGGGAGCGUACUUCCUGCUGCUCAUGUAAAGCGACCUGAGCAGAUGGGACUUGGGCUGCAUCCAGAAACUUGAAGAGCUGGGACAUGGUGGCUUGUGCUCUUUGCUUCUGCUGUGAGAUCCCAAAUAAGAGCUGUUCCUUCAGCUUGGGUGCCAGAGUGGGAAGGCACAGGGAGCAGAGCCGAAGCAGCCGGCUAGAAGCCACUGAUUGUAACAUGAAUGAGAAAUGGAUGUUUGCUGAGAUUUGGGGUUGGUGGUUACAAUAGCAAAGCUGACUAAUACGUCAUUAAAAUGAAAGCAGCUGCUGUCCUUCAGAUGGGCUAAUUUGGGGUUUGUGUCAUGUACUUCAUUAUUUUUGGAGGAGAAAUUGGCUGUGGAAUGUUUGUUUACAAAGAACCAUGCAGCUUUCCCUCCAGGUGCUGGUUCCUACCAGGCCGGCCUCCUUCCCAAGCCUGCUUUUGGCCACACUUAGGCCAUCCUCUCUCACUUCCCACCUGUCUCCCUUUGUAAGAACUCGGAAUUGGGGGUGGGGGGCGGGUAACAUUUAGUCAGCAACAACUGGCAGGCAUUGAGAGUUCCUGUAGCAGCUGUCACUGGCCACCUCACUGUUGUGGGGCAAGGCAGGCUCCACUGUGCCCUCACUUAUCUCUGAUUAGAGAUGCCUACACAGCCCCCCUUCCUAGACACUGUGAGACUGAGAUGAAGUGCUGGAUGCCACCAAGUUGUACAAUGAAAUGCACCUGGGAAGGGUUCUGUGACUUUCAUCCUUAGCACCCAGCCCUCUCCUUACGCUCCUGGCAGUCUAGGUUAUCAGGUAGACCUUCUCUUUAGUUCCUACUCCCCACCUCCAGCUUGGAUGGAGCAGACGGGAGAGAGGGACUUAGAAGACAGUGUUAGAACAGAGGUAGGUCUCAGUGGCUACUGCUUUGCCAUGAAUGUGGGUGGGUAGGGACUGCUGCUUGGAAACCGCUUCACCUGUAAAAUGGUGGUGACACCAGCUUAUUGAUGGCACUUCUGUGCAAUAGUACAUGUAAAUACCCAGCUCAGUGCCUGGCCUGUACUAAGUCCACAAAUGGCUCUUCACUCAAGCGCACUGUCCAGAGGCACAUCCAUACAGACAGGUAGCACUGAACCAGGGAUUCACAAUGAAAAGUAAGUUUGUUUCCUGGGAACAUCACAACUUGGUGGGUGCUACUGACAUGGAGUGUAGAGGCCAGGGAUGCCUCUAAACACCUUAUGGUGCACAGGACAUCCCCACAACAAGGAACUAUCUGACCCAAAUUGUCAGAAUGCUGAGAUUGAGAAAUGUUGCUCUAAACCUAAAAGAUAAAAUAAAAACUACUGAAGACUAUGUAAGUUGAAAUGUU